AUGAGCAGGAAUCAUCGUAAGUGGAACCCAGUGGACCUCCGGGGAUUCCUCCCGAAGUCAGCCGUUGUCCCAGACUUUCCCAGCGAGCGGGAACCUGUGGACAGACAGAAGGAAGAGUCGGAGGUCUUCUGCCCCUCGCCAGUGUGGGGGCCGCACGAGUGCCAGAGGUGUGGCAAGGUGUACUCGCACCACUCCGGCCUGUCCCGCCACAAGCGCCAGUGUGAGGGUCGCUUGCAGGAGUCGUGUGGAGUGUGUGGACGAGCAUUCUACCGCAGUGACCACUACAAGAGCCACAUGAAGCACAAGCAUGGCCUGGAUGUCGAUGGCUCAGUCCUUCCAGAAGCCUCCUUCCAGAAUGAGGACAAGGUCUUCGCGCCCGUCUCUAGCCUGUGUGGAAGGGGUCGUGACCCUGAGCAGCGCGACCAGUUCCGCUUGGACCGGAAGUUCGCUUGUCCUCGCUGCGGCAGAGAAUACUCUCAGAGCGCUGGCCUGUCCAGGCACAAGCGGCAGUGCGAGGGUCGGGCCAUCAGGAGGUGUGGCGUGUGCUCCAGGAGUUUCUAUCGCAUCGACAUGUUCCGAGAACACAUGAGCAUCCAGCAUCACAUUGCCGUCGACCUCUGA